GCAGUUUUUAAGGACGAAAACUAAAUCCCAUCCUAUGCUAAUGGUAGUGUAUGUUGUUUCUAAAACCUUUUUGAACAGAAGUUCACUCAAAAAAGAUGCUCAACUCAUUAUGACAAACACCACCUGGCCUACGCUAGAAAGGUUAACCAUGGACUUGAAUCAAUCUAUGGAGUUCACACCUUCUGCAACCUCUUCUCCUCAAAUUCAUAACUUCAUGCCAAUGACUUCUUUCAUGUUACCGUUUCACCAGCCUUCCAAUGAGGACGGUGAAGAAGUGAAGCAAUCACAUCUUCUGGUCCAGAAACGCAGUCUAGAGUUGUUUUGGUACCAACAAAUGUUGGAGAUUCAUAACAUUUCAGCUUUCAAGAGCCACCAUCAGCUACCUCUGGCAAGGAUCAAGAGGAUUAUGAAAUCUGAUAAAGAUGUGAAGAUGAUCAGUGCAGACACUCCUAUCUUGUUCUCCAAGGCCUGUGAGCUCUUCAUUCUAGAGCUCACCCUUCGUGCAUGGCUGCAUACUGAAGAAGACAAACGCGGAACCCUACAGCGCUGUGACGUUUCCAAGGCGAUAAGGCAAGAGGAGGCACUCCAUUUCUUAUUUGAUGUCGUCCCGUUGAUUAACCACAAGGAUGAUGAUGGGAAAUUUCUCGAGGAAAAUGAGCAUCAUUCUGUUAACCAACCGCAGUUUCCUCUGUUGGACAUGAAUGCUGAGCUGGUUAUUAAAUUGCAGAAGCUCAACAAUAUAUGAUUAAACCUCCUAUGUCCUCUCAUGAGUUCGAUUAAGUGAAUGAAGCUGGCUGAUUACAAAAAUUGCAAUCGUAUGUGGAAUAUGAAGAAGCAGCCUUAGUAAAAGAAAAAUGAAAUCCAGAGUUAUUUUAUAUAUAAUUAUUUUACAUUCAUAUAGAUUGUCUUAUCUAUUUUAUAAUAAUAACUUAAUAUAUAUUUCAA